AUAUCAUAAAAGACAUUAAGUUUAUAAAAUCAUGACGUUCUAUAGAAAUAAAGUGAUUUAUUAGUAAAGAUUUACUUUUAUUCACUUCAUUACAUAUAAAGUAUGUACAUCAACUUGCCACUGGAUAACUAUAACACAGGAAGUGAUGUCAAUAUUAUCAGUGUCCCCAAAAUAAGACUCUUUAUAUGUUUAACAUAUAUUACUUAAGUUUGUAAAAAUAUUACUUAAAUUUUGUUCUAAAACCUCUAUACAGCUUUGUACAGGAAUGCUAAGAAUUAAAAAUUAGUAUAUCAAGAAUAUGGUUUCAUAUGUAUAUAAUGAAUAAGAAAAUAAAGUUAUGUCAAAUAAUGUGUUAAUCAAUGCUGAGGCUUUGGGAAUUUUAAGAUAAAUUCAACACUACAUUGUUCAAAGCUCAGAUGGAAUCUGCCCUAUCACUAUACUGUUUGUAACUGAAUUAAGCAUAUUUAGCAAAAUUAGUGUAUUUUUAACAUCACAUAGACCAAAUUAUCUGGGAACAGUAUCUUCAGUAGUAUUAGGGCAUAUUCAGAGUCUAAACAUUAAAUCUAAAAGUUGAAGGUGUGGUCAAAAGCACCCUAUAUCAAGAAAAAUCUAUCAUCUGAUGAUAUUAUGAUAAUGAAGAAAUUAUUUCUGGACAAUUUUACCUCUAUCACUGCUUUCUGCUACCACCACUAAAUGGGACUCAUAGAUGCUCAAUAUUAUGCAAUGUAAUUUACAAAUUAUUUUACAUUAUUUUUUCCUAUUUCAAUGAUUUUUCUGAAGAAUUUUUUAUUGAUUUUUCCUAAUUUUAAAUCUCUUUUCAGAAAACCAGGAGAAAACUGGGCAACAGACAUAGCUAUGUGAAGCCACUGGGGGAAAAUAUCAACUUCUCUAUGCUUAACACAAUCAUUUUUGCUUCUUAAAAGGAAAGCAAAGAUGAAAGACCGACUUCAAGAACUAAAGCAGCGAACAAAGGAAAUCGAACUCUCUAGAGACAGGCCUGGGCCGAUCACAGAGGCAGAGGAACAGGGGGAGUUUCUGCAGCAAGCUGUUAUUUAUGAAAGAGAGCCUGUAGCUGAGAGGCAGCUACAUGAGAUCCAAAAAUUACAGGAGAAUAUUAAAAAUCUAAAGGUUGAUGUUCAAAAAUUUGGGCAGCAACAGAAAAGUCUGGUGGCUUCAAUGAGACGGUUUAGUCUACUUAAGAGAGAAUCAAGCAUUACAAAGGAGAUAAAAAUCCAAGCAGAACACAUUAAGAGAGAUUUGGAUGAUUUAAUAAAAGAAGUUAAAAAGUCAGAGGAUGAAAAUGGUCCAUCAUCAGUGGUCACAAGGAUACUUAAAUCACAGCAUGCUGCCAUGUUCCGCCAUUUUCAGCAAAUUAUGUUUAUAUACAAUGAUACAAUAGCAGCAAAGCAAGAGAAGUGUAAGACAUUUAUUUUCCGUCAGCUUGAAGUUGCUGGCAAAGAAGUGUCUGAAGAAGAAGUAAAUGAUAUGCUUCAUCAAGGAAAAUGGGAGGUUUUCAAUGAAAGCUUACUUACAGAAAUCAGUAUCACUAAAGCACAACUCUCAGAGAUUGAACAGAGACACAAGCAACUUGUCAAUUUGGAGAACCAAAUAAAGGAUUUAAGGGACCUCUUCAUUCAGAUAUCUCUUUUAGUAGAGGAGCAAGGAGAAAGCAUCAACAAUAUUGAAAUGACAGUGAAUAGUACAAAAGAAUAUGUUAACACUACUAAAGAGAAAUUUGGACUAGCUGUAAAAUACAAGAAAAGAAAUCCUUGCAGAGUAUUGUGCUGUUGGUGCUGUCCAAGCUGUAGCUCUAAAUAAAGAAGCUACUAUAGAAAUUUUUCCAGCUUUAGGGUGAGGAUGUCCCAUAUUUCAGUGUCUUGUACUGUUUUAAUUCAUUUCAUGUAGCCAUUCAAAUACCUCUAAUCACUAUUAAGUCAUAAUUUCCUCCUUUUAGCUC